AUGGAGAACAACAACAACAACAACAACGACGACAUGACCGGAAACCACCACCAGCAGCUCCCGAUACCGCAUUCGAUUCCGCCGAUGUUCGACCAGCAGGUGGCGCCGGCGUUCGAUCCAGCUCCGGCUCCGGAGAACCAGGCGCUGAAGAAUUUCUGGAUGCAGCAGAUGGAAUCCGUGGAGGAUUUCAAGAGUCACCAGCUUCCUCUGGCUCGGAUUAAGAAGAUCAUGAAAUCGGAUCGCGAUGUGCGCAUGAUCUCCGCCGAGUCUCCGAUCCUCUUCUCCAAAGCAUGCGAGAUGUUCAUCGUCGAUCUCACCAUGCGCGCGUGGCAACAUGCCGAGGAGAACAAGCGCCGUACGCUCCAGAAGCCGGACAUCUCCGCCGCGGUCGCUCGCAAUUUCGCGUUUGACUUCCUUCUCGACGUUGUUCCCAGAGACGAUUCGCUCACCCCCGCCGCGGAUUACCUUCCCGCCGUGCCGCAUCCCGAUGGUGCAGCCACUACUGGAACUGAACAGCAGUUUGUUUACUAUCAGCCGCUGGUUGAUGAAAGUGUAGAGUUCCCGACGCAGCCGUGGUCGAUCCCUUGGCCGGAGGAUGGUGACAGAGAAGAUGUGGGUGGUCACAGAGACGACGAGGCUGUUGACGGAGUGGAUGAGGAUGAGCUUGAGGCGGAGGCUGACCAGAGCGGAGGAAACAGCGGCGGAAAGUGA